ACAGGUUACAGCAGCGAGGCAGGAUGAAGGGCACCGUAGCGUUCGGAGGAAAAACAUACCACAAGGUGGGGGCCCUCGUGGCGAUCCUGGCGUCGAUACUUUGGCUGCGUCAACCGUCAGUGGGCAACGUGGACCCGGACGCUGAAAGGAGUGUGACCGAGAUAAUCGCCGACAAGGGCUACCCAGUCCAAGAGUAUGCGGUCACCACUCGCGACGGAUACGUGCUACCCCUGCAGAGGAUCCCUUACGGCCGACACGAGCUCCGGUCUUCGUCGUCGUCCCCUCAUCGCUUCCAUCCGGGACCUCCAGUGAUACUGAUGCACGCGCUUCUCUUCUCCUCCUAUGUGUGGGUGGUCAACGGGCCCGACCAGAGCUUACCCUAUAUUUUGGCCGAUGCCGGCUUCGACGUGUGGCUGGGUAACGUGAGAGGUAACAGCCAAUCGCGACACGUCAACUACACCUUUUACCAGAAGGAGUUAUGGGACUUCAGUUUCGAGGAGAUGAGCGAAUUCGACUUGCCAGACACGAUCGACUUCGUGUUAAACGUCACCAGUCACAACAAGACAUUCAUCAUCGGUCAUUCCAUGGGCGCAGCCACGACGUUCGUGUUACUCACAGAGAAGCCGGAGUACAACGACAAGAUACUGCUGUUUUCUGCCAUGGCACCGGCGGUACGCAUCCACAACAUGACGUCACAAAUACGUCACAUCCUGCCCUUCAUAGGCGAUCUUGCGCCUGUGGCUGCGCUGUUUGGCAGGUACGACUUCCUUUACCACGACCGGCUGAUUGACUUCACCGUGAAAACCCUGUGCCGCUAUCCGGUGUGCCGGGCCUUUUGUCCCUGGUUUAUUAGCUUCGCCUCCGGCCAGCAGACUCAACCAAUCAAUGCGACUCGCUUGCCCGUAUUUUUAAAGGACGUUCCUUCAGGGACGUCCUACAAGAAUAUGAUCCACAUGACGCAGGUGAGCAUGGAAGAUCCGAAAGCGUAG